AUGAUACCUCAAAGAGAUUUGGAUAGGUUUAAAGAAAUCUUUAAGAAAGGCAAAUUACUGCUUUUUGACUUAAGUGAAAAUGCAGCGGCAAAUCGUCGUGCCUCCAUACCAAUAUUUAUGCAACUUAAGGAAGAGGUUGAGAAAGGAAUUUCGUGUUCCCAGGGGCAGAAUACUAUGCAUCAAUUGUUGUUGGCGUUUACCUUACGUUAUUUGGGAUAUGCCUACCUUGCAUGCAGAGAAGCAAAUAUAGCUGAGGCCACCUCGAAAGAGUGCAUCGAAUUGAUGAAAAGUAAAAACAUUGAAAUGGACUCAAUUAUUCCCUAUGUUCAAUCAGUGAUUGAUCUCAUCAUUAAUUACAACGAACGUAAAAUGUAUAAAAAGUCCAUUGAUUAUCUCACAAAAGCCGAAGGCGUCUGCAAAAAAUUUGAAGAAGGCAAUUAUAACCCUCUGACAAUUAAUGAAAUACUCGACGGCUGCACUGAAUCCCAAUCGGGCCAAGGACGAACUGAGUUCAAUAGACUAUACACCGAUUGUACAGAUUACCUUGCUUUAACAUAUCGUGCUUUGGAUAAUUGGAAGAAAUAUUUCGAAUAUUCCUAUGUUUCGUUGAAAAGGAGUUCUAAGGUCAGACCCUAUGAUGACUGUCUGCUGGCAAAAAAGUGUACAAAAUUUUCCGACUAUUUUAUAAAGCAAAAUAUGUUUGGGGAAGCCCGUCGCUAUUUGGCAGCAGCUACAUAUUUCAUAACAGAAUAUAAGGAGAAAAACGCUUCAUUUUUGUUGGAUACAAGUAAGGAAACGGAAUUAAAGAAAACUUUUGCCAAGCUAGGAAUGGGCUGGGGAAAGUAUGGCCUGUCACUUUUAUUGGCUUCAAUGGAACGCGGUAAAAGAGGAGAUGACUAUAAUUUUGCUGAAAAUUUUAAAGAUUUAAAAAUUGAACAAGACAUGCCCUUCUUGUUUUCCGAUCUACAAUUGGAUAGCUAUGAGAAGGAUAUACAGACGGAUUAUUGCCGUUCAUUUAAAGAUGCCAAACGGAUCUAUCUCCAUCUUAUUAAAUGGCUUGCUAUUCCUAAGGAGUUUUAUCGCCCCAAAGACCUUCAAGUUUAUGCUGAUGUAAUGAAAGAUUUUGCCCGGUUAUAUCACUAUGUGGCAUACUUUGAAGAGAAUCCAUCGAAUAAAUUCAAAAUGCAUAAACUUCGUUGUAAAUAUUUGGAGGAAAUUCUCAAAUUAAUAGAUUCCAUUAUUUUUCUUCCUAUAUCUCGUGAAUGUUGGACGGAAGCUGGAUUUUCCUACCUAGAACGCUUGCAAAUUAUAAAACAAAGCCUCAUAGGCAAAGAAAUCACAAGCGAAGAUGUUAACAAAAUCCAUGUACUUGCAUUAAAGGGCAUGAAACAUUUCCAAAAUAUCAUUUCAUCCUAUCGACACAAGGAGAGUGAUCUAUGGAUACCCAAUAUGACGGAAAACGAUAAAAAAUAUUUAAUGAUCUCACUUUCGAAUAUGGCACAACUACACUCAGCAAUUAUAUCUUCAGAUGAACCUGACCAUUUAUCAAAAUGUCUUUACUACCAUAGAACAUUUAUUUUGGAAUGUAGUUGUGAUAAACAACUAUCGAUAGAACUAGCUGAACAAAUAGCACAUAGCAAAAAAGAAAUAUAUCGUCUUGAAAAGAAAUAUGCUUUAUAA